CUCCGGGGCGCGUGGGAUGCACAGUUUGGGGCUCGCCACGAACUCCUAGAACAGAGUUACAGAGACCACUCGUUCACACACACACACACAGAGAGAGAGAGAGAGACACUCACGUACACAACUGCUUCAGGACUUGCUGACAACAACCCGAGGGAUAAUUAUCAAUGUUUCAUGCUCGAAAAUGCUGAUAUUGCACAUCGCAUCACUUUUGACCCUCGGGUGGCGCUCCUUUGCCCAGCUGCCGGAGUUUGGGGAUGUGUGCACUGAGGGGAGCUGCUACCCCGCCACCGGGGACCUUCUGAUUGGCCGUGCGCACAAGCUCACGGCCUCCUCCACCUGCGGCAUUGAGAAGCCUGAGCGCUUUUGCAUCGUUGGUCACUUGGAGGAGGAGAAGAAGUGUUUUGUGUGUGACUCCAGAGAGAAGUAUGAUGAGAGGAUGAACCACACCACCAGCCACAGCAUCGAAAACUUGGUCACCACCUUCGCCCCCAACCGCCUCAAGACCUGGUGGCAGUCUGAGAAUGGGGUGGAGAAUGUGACCAUUCAACUGAACCUGGAAGCUGAGUUCCACUUCACACAUCUCAUCAUGACUUUUAAGACGUUCCGUCCGGCUACCAUGGUGAUCGAGCGUUCCAUGGAUUUUGGGGAGAAGUGGCAGGUGUACCGUUACUAUAGCUAUAACUGUGAGUCCGCCUUCCCUGGGAUAUCCGUGGGACCCAUGGUCAAAGUGGACGACAUCAUCUGUGACUCUCGCUACUCUGACAUAGAGCCGUCCGCAGAGGGAGAGGUGAUAUUCAGGGUGCUGGACCCGGCGUUUGAGAUUGAAGACCCUUACAGUCCCAGGAUACAGAACAUGCUGAAGAUCACUAACCUGCGUGUCCAGUUCACUAAGCUCCACACACUGGGUGACAACCUGCUGGACUCCAGAGACGAGGUCACAGAGAAAUACUACUAUGCCCUCUUCGACAUGGUCGUCCGCGGCAACUGCUUCUGCUACGGACAUGCCUCCAAAUGCGCCCCUGUUGAUGGGAUACACGUAGGCACAGAGGGCAUGGUCCAUGGUCACUGUAUGUGUAACCACAACACAGAGGGUCUGAACUGUGAGCACUGUAAGGACUUCUACAACGACCUGCCCUGGAGGCCUGCAGAGGGACGCAACACAAAUGCCUGCAAGAUGUGCGAGUGUAACCACCACUCCAGGUCAUGUCACUUUGACAUGGCUGUGUAUCUGUCUACGGGGAAUGUGAGUGGAGGAGUGUGUGAUGAGUGUCAACACAACACCAUGGGGCGUCAGUGUGAGCAGUGCAGACCCUUCUACUACCAGCACCCCGAAAGACACCUGAGAGACCCCAACAUCUGUGAACCGUGUAGCUGUGACCCAACGGGCUCCCUGCAGGGUGGUGUGUGUGACGGCAGGACAGACGUGUCUGCUGGUCUGAUAGCAGGGCAGUGUCGCUGUAAGACCAGUGUGGAGGGAGAGCGCUGCGAUCACUGUAGACAGGGACACUACGGCCUGGGACAGGGACCAAACGGCUGCCUGCAGUGUACCUGUAAUCCCCUGGGCACACUGCCUGGAGGAAGCCCAUGUGACAUGGACACAGGAAACUGCUUCUGCAAACGCCUUGUCACCGGCAGGAACUGUGACCGGUGUCUGCCGCAAAACUGGGGCCUGAGUAAUGACAUGGACGGCUGCAGACCAUGUGACUGCGACCAGGGCGGAGCCGUCAACAAUGAUUGUUCUCCGAUAUCAGGCCAGUGUCAGUGUCGAGAACACAUGUAUGGGAGGUGUUGUGACCAGGUGGAGUCAGGAUACUACUUCAUCGCCUUGGACCACUACACCUACGAGGCUGAGGAAGCCAAGCACGGCCCUGUGAGUGCUGUGAGAAGAGCUCAGCUGGAACAGCCAGAGGAGUUAAAGCUGUUGAAACAGCUGCAGAAUAACGCUGAUGCAGAACCAGGCUGGGUUGGACUAGCCGGACUCGGGCAACUCUGUGAUUCCUCCAAGCAGUUUCCUGACGAGCAGCUCCAACUAUGCCAGCCCUGGACUCGGAUCGACGCCAGCCCACCAAAGGUCAGCAGUCACAAUGCAGCAGACUGGAUCAAGUGA